AUGUCUACAUAUGCAACUACCAGGGAGAGUGCUGCACAACAAGAUAACAAAUUAUUGGAAAAGAAUCGCUCACUUGUCAUGUUGCUUGCUACUCUCGUGGUGAGCAUCACUUACGCAGCAGGACUGGAUCCACCUGGCGGCCUCUGGCCAGAUGACCGGGAUGGGCACAAGGGCGGCGACCCGGUACUCCUCGCAACCCAUCCCACUCGGUACAAGGUGUUCUUCUAUAGCAACUCAGUCGCAUUCGUGACAUCCUUGGUGGUCAUCGUAAUGGUCCAGAGUACACUUCUACUCCAACACCAUAUAUUGCAUGCAGCCAUGAUACUGGAUUUGUUUGGCCUCAUUACUGCAUACGCCGCGGGGAGCGGCAGGGAUUUCACCACAUCCAUAUAUGUUGUCGCCCUGGCGGGUGUUGUCCUUGUGUAUGUGGUGAUCCAUAUAGUGUUCUUCACAUUAGAAGAUAACAUGGACCAGGUCCACCAACGAGAUGCUGACAAGUUGGAUAAGAGGCGUGACAUGCUGCUGCUGCUUGCCAUCUUGGCUGCAACACUGACUUACCAAGCUGGGCUCACCCCACCAGGUGGCUUCUGGUCAGCGGAUGAUAAGUUUGGCCAUCGUGCGGGGUUUCCGGUCUUCCUUGAUAACUACCCACGCCGUUACAGUGCAUUCUUCUACUGCAAUGCAGCAAGCUUCAUGGCAUCUGUGACUCUCAUAGUUCUUCUGGUGAACCCCACCCUAUACAAGCCGGGCAUAAGGUGUUAUGCACUCUAUGUGUGCACAGUGGUGAGCAUGUUUGGCCUCAUGGGUGCCUAUGCUGCUGGAAGCUCCCGCCAUCUGCGAACCUCCAUCUAUGUGUUCACUUUAGUUGCUGCAGUGUUUGCAUUCUUGACCAUCCAGGUGGUCAUUUUCUUGAUGCAAAAUCAUAGAAGGGGACCCACAGUAAAUGUGUCCUCUGGGAAAGUGGCCAGUGACACAGGAACAGAAGAAAAGAACCUUCGUGAGUACUUGAUGCCGAUAGGAGUCUUGGCUGCGAGUGUAACAUACCAGACUGGCCUGAAACCACCAGGUGGCCUCUGGCAGGACAACAACAACGGGCAUACUGCAGGCAACUCAAUCCUCCAUGACACCGACAGAGGCCGGUACCGUGCUUUCUUCUAUAGCAACUCCACUUCGUUCAUGGCUUCUAUUGUCGUCAUUGUGUUGCUACUUCCAUGGAAAGGCCUCCACUUGCCACUGGGGCGAAUGUAUGCAGCCAUUUUGCUAGACAUGCUAGGCCUUCUUGUGGCCUACGCAGCUGGCAGCACCAGGGAAUGGGAGACGUCCAGCCUUGUCAUCGCUCUCGUCGUUCCUGUGCUGGCCUACAUUGCAGCCUAUGCAGCAGUGUUUUUGUUCCGCAACAAGUGCCAAUGUGGCAAAGGUCGGGCCAACGAAGAUUCCGCAUGAAGCACCAAAUAAUGAAGAAAAAGUCCGGGCAUGACAUGAUUGUUUAUCUGGUUUUCAAUUUUAUUCAACUGCAAAUGAUGUGUUUGU